GAAAAUUUCUCUGUUUACAGUUAGAAACAGAAACUAGUUUCUUCACAAUGGAAAUCUUCUUCUUCUCUUUGAUUCUCUGUUUUGUUCUCAUUUCCUCUCAGACUCUUGACGACGACAAGAAAGCUUUGCUUGAUUUCUUGUCUAAUUUUAACUCGUCUCGUCUCCAUUGGAACCAGAGCUCUCCGGUUUGUCAUCGCUGGACCGGAGUUACCUGCAACGAAAACCGAGAUCGAAUUGUAGCCGUUAGAUUACCCGCGGUUGGAUUCAACGGUUUGAUUCCUCCUUUCACCAUCAGUCGUCUCUCUUCUCUCAAGUUUCUAAGCCUUAGAAAGAACCAAUUCACCGGAGACUUCCCUUCUGAUUUCAGAAAUCUCAAGAACUUGACUCAUCUCUAUCUACAACAUAACCGCCUCUCGGGUCCUUUACCGGUGAUUCUCUCAGAGUUGAAGAAUCUUAAGGUUCUUGAUCUGUCUAACAAUGGAUUCAACGGAAGCAUCCCAAAGUCUCUUUCAGGUUUGACCAGCCUUCGAGUCUUGAAUCUUGCAAACAAUUCAUUCUCAGGGGAGAUUCCUGAUCUUGAUCUUCCAAAACUGAGUCAAAUCAACUUCUCCAACAACAAGCUCAUCGGUACAAUACCGAAAUCUCUUCAAAGAUUCCAAAGUUCAGCCUUUUCUGGCAACAAGCUUAACGAGAGGAAGAAACAAAACAAGACUCCUUUCGGGUUAAGCCAGCUUGCUUUCUUGCUGAUUCUGGCUGCAGCUUGCAUUUUGUGUGUUUCAGGAUUUUCCUUUAUAAUGAUCACUUGUUUCGGGAAGACUAGAAUCUCGGGGAAGUUGCGGAAGAGAGACUCGUCUUCUCCUCCAGGAAACUGGACAUCUAGAGAUGGUAACACCGAAGAAGGCGGGAAGAUCAUCUUCUUCGGUGGAAGAAACCACUUAUUUGAUCUAGAUGAUUUGCUAAGCUCAUCUGCAGAAGUUUUGGGGAAGGGUGCUUUUGGUACAACCUAUAAGGUAUCAAUGGAGGACAUGAGCACGGUUGUAGUGAAGCGAUUGAAGGAAGUUGUCGUGGGAAGACGAGAGUUUGAGCAACAAAUGGAGGUCAUUGGUAUGAUCAGACAUGAAAAUGUAGCUGAGCUAAAGGCUUACUACUACUCCAAAGACGAUAAGCUCGCGGUUUAUAGCUAUUACAGUCAUGGAAGCCUCUUCGAGAUGCUGCACGGAAACAGAGGAGAGUAUCAUCGAGUACUGUUAGAUUGGGAUGCUAGAUUGAGGAUAGCAACCGGGGCAGCGAGAGGACUAGCUAAAAUCCAUGAAGGGAACAACGGGAAAUUCAUCCAUGGAAACAUCAAAUCCUCAAACAUCUUCUUAGACUCACAAUGUUAUGGCUGCAUCGGCGAUAUUGGCUUGACGACAAUCAUGAGAUCUCUUCCUCAAACCACCUGCCUUACUUCGGGUUACCACGCACCUGAAAUAACAGACACAAGAAGAAGCACGCAGUUUUCGGAUGUGUACAGCUUCGGUGUGGUAUUACUCGAGCUCUUGACAGGGAAAUCUCCGGCGAGUCCAGCGGAUUCAGUAACAACAGAAGGCGAAAACAUGGAUUUAGCAAGCUGGAUAAGAUCAGUGGUGGCUAGAGAGUGGACUGGAGAAGUAUUUGAUACGGAGAUAUUGAGUCAAUCAGGUGGUUUCGAGGAGGAAAUGGUUGAGAUGUUACAAAUAGGAUUGGCUUGUGUUGCUCUGAAGGAACAAGAACGACCUCAUAUAGCUCAAGUUUUGAAAUUGAUUGAAGAUAUUCGAUCAAUUGAUGCAGAGUGAGAGAACACAAAAGUAGUAGUAGCC